AUAUUCAAUAGCUUUGUAAAAGAAGCAAGCAUGGCAUUUUCUGCAUAAAGUAUGGAAGCCAUUGAAAAAAGACUCUCAACCCAUCAUCAUCGUCAUCAUCAUCAUUCAUCCAAAUCCAGAACCCAAUUGCCCAAAUAAAUCGUGGAAAAUCAUUGAUAGUGCAGAAAGAAGUGGAAUUCACCAUUACUGGCAAUUCCAAAAUUCAGUCCUUUCAUAUCCACAGAAAAAAAAAAAAAAAAAAAAAAGUUUCUCCCAAUUUUUAGAAACCCGUUUCAGUUUCAGUUUCCUUUAUUGGGUGUUGCAUCCGGGUUUGAUCGGAUCUCCUGCAAUGAAAUUUGGGUUUGGAACCUGAAUUGUUGAAGAAAUCUAAAUGGCGUUAGAAAAUUUUGUCGGUUUCAUUGUGGUUUAAUUGCUUUGGGCGUGGUGGGUUUUUUUUUUUUUGAUCCAAUAUUUAUGUUGAGGUCGGUUGAAUUGGAGAGAAAAGAUCUAUAUAGGGUUCUAAUCAAGGGAUGGUUCUUCUGGGUUUCUUGCCCAUGUACAGUUGAAUUUAGGGUUGGUAUUGAAAUCACAGGUCCAUUUGUUUGCUUUGGGAUUAGAGUUUGGUUGUUAAUCUGUACUCUGUGAAUUCUUAUUCAAGAUUUAGAGGGUUGUUUGAUCAACAUGGGAUCAGCUGCUUUCUUCCUCACAUGCAUUCUCCAUUCUGUGAUAGCUCUCACUUGUGGAGCUCUAAUGAUGUUCUACACAAACGAAAUCUUUGUGUUUGGGCAUGGCCCUGAGAUUGCCCGGAAGCUUCAGGGCUCCACACCCCAUGAUCAGCUCUUAAUCCGAACCUCGGAUUCAUUCUCUGGAUUGCUUUUAUUCGCCAUUGGGUUCCUCCUUUUCAUGGUGGCCUUUGUCAAGGACAGAGAGUUUCAGAGCUUCUUCGCCAAGGGCUGCGUCACUCUUCAUGUUUUCAUGGCUUUGUGGAGAAUUUACUUUGAGAGAAAGCUUGAAGAUCUGGCCUGGGACUGGCCAAAGCAGGUUGUGGGAGACAUUGUUCUGGCCCUUUCAUGGGUUUUCCUGGUUGUAUACUCUUGGAGGGAGAAGUAUGAUUAGGAUUUUGGAGGUGAGCUUCCAUUGAUAUGGAAAUAGAACUUAGAUGGUUGCUCAGUGGCUUGCUUCCUUGAUCCACCAAUACUGAAUAGAGUUGAAUUGAACAGGAACUACACAGAUUUCUCUGUUUGGGCAACUGGGUUUUUCCAAAAUUUUCUGGGUGACUGUUGAUUUUCUUGGAAAGUGGCAGUAGACGAUGAAUUGAAUGACGGGUCAGUUUGUUUUUUAUUGAAUUUGGUUGGGAAGUUGUGUUAGAUUGCUUUAUUCUAUGAGGUUUGCAGGAUGGUGCUUGAAAACAGGAGAUGAGUCUGUCUAUAGCUUGUUUUUGCCCCAGUUGGAUCUUUGUAAUUAGAAUUGUAAAUUUUCUUGAAAUAAUGAUGAAAAUUGUGAUUUCUUACUGUUA